AAUUGAGCAGGUCAGCUCCAAACAGGAAGUGUAACUGAAUCCCACCCACUGUGUGAACUGGGAGGUGUCCUUAUGCAACAUGUCCAGACUGCUCCACUUCUGCAGAGUCACUGCCAAGAGACAACAGAGCAGGAACACUGUGUUAAUCUGUAGAAAUGGCUGCACUCAUUGAAAACGAGGUAUUCAAGGCUUUCGCCACCUAUGCUGCUAUUGUCACAUUCAAGAUGAUGCUAAUGGGUCCAGUGACUGUGUACUUCCGCCUCACCAGAGGGUCCUUCUCUAACGAAGAAGAUGUUGCCAGAAAGUCUGAUGACGAAAAGAAGAAGUUGCUGAAGAGUCAUCCAGAUGUGGAGCGAGCUCAAAGGUGUCACCACAACGACCUGGAGAACAUCAUUCCAUUCUUCUUCAUCGGUCUGCUUUACGCCCUGUCUGGACCCGACCUCUCCUCCGCUUUGAUUCACUUCCGUGUAUUCACAGCCUCUCGGAUCUUCCACAGUUUUGCCUACAUCCUGGCCUUUCCCCAGCCCAGCAGAGGGCUUUCCUACAUGCUAGGAAUGUUGACCACAUUGUCCAUGGCUUACAACCUGCUCAGUAAAGUUUUCGUCCCGUAGGAAGCAUAACACCCCUCACCUUCCUGCGUGAGAGUUCUGUGAUUUUUUUGAUUUUUUUUUGCACCUGACAGACCCUUUAAAUAUUGGGGUUUUGCAUGAGAAAGAGCAAAUAAAGUUUUGCAUUG